AUGGAAUCUAGAAAGGAGAAAGACCAAGAUCAAUUGUCCGAUUCUCUGAAUGAUCUUUUUACCAGUGUCUCUGCCAUGAUAAAAGGCGAACUCCGGGAAACAAAUAAUGUUCUUGAGCUGUUAGAGAAAAUGAAUGUGAGGGUUGCUGAAGAGUACAAGGGAUUCGGUGAUGUGGCAUCAGGAUUAAGGGUUUUUGUGGAGCAAUUAAAGACAAAAAGCGGCGCAUUCGAUGACUACGUUAAACAGCUCGAUGCCAUAGAGCACCAUGUUACGGAAUUUGAAGCUGUAAUUUCUAUGCUUAGCAACUAUGUUUCUCUGUUGGAAUUGAAGUUGAAAUCUGUUUACCAUAUUCCACCUGCAUAA